ACUAAAAAUAAAUAACAAAACGAAAAAACCAAACAAAAAAACAAAAAUAGCUGAGUUAAUUUAGUGUCUUCAAGUCGCAGCCUGCAAUUAUGGGUAAAGUAUACAUUUCAACUUGUCUCAUCCUUUUUUGUGUGUUAAUAUGACAAUGCAAUUGUUGAGUUAAAGGAUUUGUAUGUUGUAUAUAGAGGUGGAUUGAUUGUUGAAAGUUUUGAUGACUGCAAUUAUGUAACUGAUUUAUUAAAACCAAUGGUUUGAUUGCAGCAGCUUUUUAUGGUAUUAUGCUGCUACUGGCUGUCGUGUCACUGAUGGCUGGGUGGACCAUGGGUGUGCCGAUGGAUUCGUCUUCUUCCGAGUACGGUAGUUAUUCAUACCAGACGACUACUGCUGCGCCGUACUACACCACUGCUGCGCCGUACAACACCACGACGUAUGCUGCCCCCAGUUAUUACACUACAAAGGCGCCCGAGUACUACCCCACAACAUAUGCGGCCCCCACUUACUACACCGAGGCUCCCAAGUAUUACAGCACCAAGGCUCCUGAAUACUACACCACCACGUAUGCAGCUCCGACUUACUAUACGGAGGAACCAAAAUACUACUCCGCACCGAGCUAUUACACAGAAGCGCCAGUAUAUUACACGACAACGUAUGCCACUCCAAGCUACUACACCGAGGCUCCCACCUACUAUACCACAAAGGCCCUGAGUAUUACACCACAACUUACGCUUCACCAGUUUACUACACCGAGGCCCCAAAAUAUUACUCUGCUCCAAGCUACACUGACAACCGUGUCGUACUACACAACUACAGAGGCGCCCAACUAUUACGUAGCACCAACUUACUACACUGAAGCCGCCCCAUCUUACUACUCCGAGCCGACCUACUACACUGAAGCCCCGAAGAACUACGCUGCCCCAAGUUACUACACCACGACUGCUCCUUCGUACUACGUCGAACCUAGCUACUACACCACAACUUAUGCUGCUCAAUCUUACUAUACUGAGGCUGCUGAAUACUACACAACUAAAGCCCCGGAGUAUUAUACGACGAAAGCUGAAUACUACACCACCACUUACGCCGCUCCAGCUUAUUACACUGAGGCUCCGCAAUACUACACAAAAAAGGCAUCCGAAUACACAACGUAUGGUGCCCCAAGCUACUACACCGAGGCCCCCAAGUACUACACCACCACUUACGCUGCUCCAGUUUACUACACUGAGGCUCCCAAAUAUUCGGCUCCACAAUACACUACAACAUAUGCUGCCCCAAGCUAUUACACAGAAGCCCCGAAGUACUACACUACAACAUAUGCCGCUCCGGUUUACUACACCGAAGCUCCUCAACAACCUAUGCUACUCCCGGCUACUACACCGAGGCUCCAGCUUACUACACAACUACCUAUGCAACCCCAUCCUACUACACUGAUGCUCCCAAGUACUAUUAAUCGUGAAAAUUGCGCUGUCCAUCAAGCUCGAUGAUGGAAUAUUCAGAUUUGAUUUUAUCAUUUACAGUCCUCGUUCCAAAAUAAGUAUUUCCAUUUAUGCAUUCACUAGUCGUUUUCCAUACGAAUGUUUCCAAAUGAAUUGUUGAAUACAGAUACAAUGCCGUUAACAAAUCCCCUCGUUCUUUUUAUUUUGUAUCAAAUAAAGCUAAUGAAAGCGAUUUGUUUCCCUACAACAUUGUAAUUGCUGAACGCAUUUAUACACUAGAACAUUAGUGAGAUUUACAUCAUUGGUAUUCAUCAGUCUGGUAUAAUUUAUAUAGCUAUUUAGUUGCGUAGCAUAGAACAUUGCUUCAAUUGAUUGCAUUUGCCAAUUAACAUUGAAUUGGGCAAGGUUGAAAUCCACUUAUCUUUACCGUUUUUAAUUGCGUAGCAGGAUGUAGCGUAAAAUUUUUUAGUUUGCAUUUCCAUCACUAAUGUUAAUUUCCUAAUUUCAAUCUGAAAUUCCCUUAAAAGGAAAUGCUCAAAUAUUCGGACUAGAUGUUAGAAGUUUUGGUUAGCCAGUUUGGAUUUUAGUUAUUGAAAAA